UUCUCCUAUCUUCCUUUCUCCGUGUGACUUUCAGCGAGGCAGGUUGCCCUCGUCCACAUUAGGAUCCUAUUGGAUUUACAAGGGAUUUUGGCCGGUCAGACCAAAUUCCACACUCAACCGGACAGCCGGAAGAACAUGAACAUCAUCCCCAUCUAUCAGCUUCAACCAGUUACGGCACAGUCGGCACGCAUGUACCAGCAGACCUAUUUGGACAGAACUCGUGUGGUCACUGACACAUUUGUACAAGAGCAGGUUUCCCAAAGCGCCUGGACGAUGGCUGCACCUACACCGACGGUUUUUAUUCCGACCAAUGCAACGAUCGUGCCAGCACAAGCGACUUGUGUUCAGGGCUCAAAUCCCAGCCAGCAAUAUCAGUAUCCGGGUAGCUACAUGGGUCACAUGGCAUAUCUGGCCAUGCCGGGAGUCCAGUACUAUGCAGCCAGUUCAGCUUCAAUGAACGCCUACGGUCAGGCACAAAUAUACUCCACUAGGGCUUCGGCUUCCACCACUUGCAACUUUGGUGGCUACGGUGCGCCUCCAUACUAUGGGCACAAUCCACCCAAGCAAUUCAGCGCCACCCAGACCCAGACUGUGGCGCCUCUUAAGCGAAGCUGUGAUGUUGGCACCCAAGUAGAUAUGGCGAUGGAGGAAUUGUGCGCCAAGGACCCGGAUCCAGGAUCAUCAGAUAAGAGUGAUGACAGCUCUAUGGACAGUGCUGCUGGGGAUGGCAUGGGUCUUCAGAAAGUGCGACGCAAUUCGGAGGUGACGCUGCUCCAGCAGCGCCUCACUGACAUCACCAGAAUCUCGCUAUAUGGCAGCGAGAUAGCUGAGCGCCUGGCCAGUGCCCAUCGCAACCGUCCGUGCUUCAAGAAGAUCGACACCCUCUGUGCCCGCUUGAAGCAGGAUCUCCUUCGUCCAGAUGGCGUGCUGCCCAACAUAAACUCUCAGGGCAUCGCCUGGGCUGUCAAGGACUUUAUAUUUGUCUUCACUCGUAUUGUAAACGCUUGGGUCAUCCUAAAAGGAUAUGUGUACAAUACUCCGGAUGGAUUAAACAAGAUUAAGGAUGAGUUGCCUAGUGGUUUCAUGUCCACCUUCGAUUCGUGGCAAUGCGGAACCUUGGCGAUGUUGCAAAUGAUUAUCAAGUCCUAUGUGAGCUUGGAUGAGCUGCUGCAGAAGCAGAAGAACUGCUUUGUGGGAAAGGAUUCUAGCGGUACCAUUAGUCUCAACAGCAGCAACACCUCUGCAUCUCUAAGAUCCACAAGCGAAUGCAACGAAAGUGGUACCAUGUGCCACAAGGCCUUGGGAUCGGCUAGCAAUGGAAAUAGCGUUUCCCAAACCCCAAGCGAGGGUCAAGGAUCGCCCAAUGGCUCACCAAGAAAUGAGAGCGACACUGACAAUGGAAAGUCUCUUUGUGAAGGGCCGGAGACGGAGCAGAGCAGCACCUCUUCCACCUCGACGGCUUUGAACAAGCCAAAGUCUGGUAUGAAUCUUAGCUAUCUAUAUACUAUGAUCGAGGACUCCGAGGAGACCCAGCGCCAUGUCGAUGCCAAUGGCACCUAUUUGAAAACUGGCACCUAUCAGCCCCUUCAGAAGGAUGCCAAUCAACUUGAGAUGCCACCACCCAUGGCCGGGGAGAACCAAACCCAUUUGCAGUUGAACGGGAGAGCUCAGGGAAAGCUAUUGACAGGCCUGGAGCUUCUUCCAUCUUCCGCCACUGGCGAAACUGAGUGCCAGUUCAAUGGGCUUUCGUUGGGUGGUCAGCUCAGCUUGGUAGAUCGGGAGCUUACACGCCAGUUGUUCGAGUUCAGUGACCGCGUCAUGGAGCUCCAGCAUGUGGAGCGCUUCUUCCAGAAGCAGUUUACUCGCAACUACUAUCCGGACUUUUAUCAUCGCUGCCAGGACGAGUACAUAGACAUUCGUGCCAUCAUCUUGCAGUGCGAGAGCUCCUCGUACAAUCACUUGAACCAGGCCAUCCACGAUCUCCGCCGCAUCAUCUUUGUGGGCCGGUGCUACCUACAGAUAUAUACCAACGAUAACCUCCAGCACUACAUUGAUCUCUACGAGCACUCGUUGAACGAAAUGCUAUCGAAGCCGCCGCACGUGCCCAACCAGUACGACCACAUCCUGGGCAAACCCGGCGAGAAGCUAUUCGUCUAUUGAGUCACGAGGAACAAACAGGAGAAGCAAUUGAUUACGUUUAUGUUUUGUAGUCUCU